AUGAACCUUUUCAUUCAACAAUUCCCUAAAGUGGAAUUACAUUCUCAUUUGAAUGGAUCUAUUAGAGAAGACACCCUUAAAUUGUGGCACAAAAAUACUCACAUUACUGAAUUAAUUGACUCGAUUUUAUCUCCAAAAACAUCUUGUGAAGAAGCAUUAUCUAAUUGUUUUAAAGCAUUUGAUUUAAUUUAUGAAGCUACAAAUUCAUUAGAAAGAAUUAAAAUUUUAGCAAUGCAAGUCCUUGAAGAUUAUGAUAACGAUAAUACUAUUAUUGCAGAGAUAAGAACAACACCAAGAAAACUAGAAGGUCAUAGUCAAAGAGAUUAUAUUGAUACUGUGGUUAAUGCUUUUGAAGAUUAUAUAAAACAAAGAACUAAAACAACACCAUUCUAUCCUUAUUUAAUUCUUUCUAUAAAUAGGUCUAGACUAAAUGAUGCAUAUGAAACUAUAGAAUUAGCAUCUGAAUAUCAAAAGAAAACUCCAUUUGUUAGAGGUAUUGAAUUAAGUGGAAAUCCAUUCAAAGGAACAUGGAAAGAAAUUAUACCAUUGAUGGAACAUGCAAAAGAAUUAGAAUUACCAGUCACAAUGCAUAUUGGAGAAAAGGUUGAUGAUGAAGAAUGUGUUAAAUUAAUAGAAUGUUAUCCAUCACGUGUUGGACAUGGAAUAUUUUUAAAUAAAAAAGCAAUUGAAUUAAUGCAUGAAAAUAAUAUUGGAUGUGAAGUGUGUUUAACAAGUAAUAUGGUGUCAAGAAGCAUAAAGGGAUAUGACAAACAUCCAAUGAUGAAUAAAGCAUUAUUCAAAGGAAAGGUAUUUAUUAGUUGUGAUGAUAGAGGAUUAUUUAGGACAAGUAUGGUUAAUGAAAUGAGACAUGCUAUUCAAGCGUAUUGUCAUAAUAAUGAACAAGAAGGAAAAGAAUUUAUGAAACAAUUAUGUUUAAAUGGAAUUCAAUUCUCAUUUUUAUCAUCCGAAAUAAAGCAAAAAUUAAGGGAUUAUGUUUUAGGUAUCAAUAUUUAA